CUGCUGCGCUGUCCCUCACUGCGCAAGCUCAGCCUCGAGAGGGUGCCGCUGGACCGCGCCUGCUGCCGCGCCAUAGGUCAAUGCAAUAACUUAGAAACAUUAAAUUUAACAAUGGCACAGGGCAUCACAGCUGAAGGAUUAGAAUCAAUACUGGAUGGAUGUCCCGGACUACUCUCUCUGAACAUAUCCUGGUGUAACCUUGACGAGGAAGCACUAGAAGUUCUAGUCACGAAGCUACCACAGAAGAUACAGCGGCUUAAUAUCGGCGGUGCCAGACUCAUGACAGAUGAAACGCUGGAGCGGCUGUCGGGCCGCGGCGCGCGCCUGCUGGAGCUGGACGCGUCGGACUGCGGGCGCCUGACGCCGCGCUGCGUGGCCGCGCUGUGCCGCCUGCCGCGCCUCGAGCACCUCGCGCUCAGCCGCUGCUACCUGCUGCCGCUGCACGCGCUCACGCAGCUGGCAGGCGCGAGCAGGCUGCAACACGUGGACGUGUGGGGCAUGCUCCACGCGCACGCGCUCAGCGCACUGCGGGCCGCGCUGCCGCACGUGCAGGUCAACUCAUUCAUGUUCAGUGCUAUAGCAAGACCAACGGUGGGUACACGAAGAACAUCAAUUUGGGGCCUACGCACGAGAGACUGAUAUUAAAGAUAUUAAUUUAACUAAAGUAUACCAAGAUAUAUAAACUACGUUAUAACUAAGUGCCUCCAUACGUAGGAGACUGUAGUUAUAGUUACCGGCACGGAUCUUGAGCGCUCGGCGGAAGAGUGGGGAUCGCUUUGCGCAUCGGACACUCAUCUAUA